AUGAGGUUGAAGCCCUAUAUUCUCCUCAAGCCUUCUCUCCUUCUUUCAGGAUUGACAUUCAUCGUUGUUAUACGUGUUUUACUAUGUUGCCUUCUUUCUCAAUAUUCAAUUCCGAUCUCAUCGGAGCCAUCAUCCCUUCUUCAUCUUGAACAAUCUCCUCGAGACAAGUACGAAAGUAUUACAUUGAAAAUUCUACUACCAUUCCUCACUCUGCCUUUCAUUCAUGCACAAACCACUCCAACCUUAUAUACUUGCUUUGGCAAAUUAAGCAAUGAUACUUUAGUAUGUUCGGGGAGAGGCAACUGUACCUCCAACGAUCACUGCGUUUGCAAUAAUCCAAAUGGAUAUUACGGAUCCAGAUGCGAGAAAACCUAUUGUGCCGAUCAGAAUGAUUGUUCGGGCCACGGGUCAUGCUUUGUUCAGGGUGUUUGUGAUUGUGAUUAUGGAUGGGGCAACUCAAAUUGCUCGGCCUUUCACUGCUCCGAUAUUGGAGGAUGUGCUUCCUUGACAGGAUCGUGCACGGGUCCAAACACUUGCACGUGCUUACCAGGUUAUCUACCACCGAACUGUAGAGAAUACUCAUGUUACGGUAUUUCCUAUCAGAAUCAAACAGUAUGUUCUGGAAAAGGCACCUGUACGAAGCCCAAUGUCUGUGAAUGCAAACCAUUUUACAGUGGCAAUAGAUGCCAGAUUACCACUUGUGCAGGAAUUGCCAGUAAUUUAUCCACCGUUUGCUCGUCGCAUGGAGAUUGUCUCGAGUAUGAAGUGUGUUCAUGCCACACUGGCUACACAGGACUCAGGUGUCAAUACCCAUUAUGUUUUGGUUUACCUUCGAACAAUAAGAAUGUUUGCUCGGGUCAAGGUAGUUGUAUUUCACCAGAUAAUUGUAAAUGUACAGAUGGUUACGCAGGAACAAAAUGUACCCUUGCAUUGAGUAAUGUCUAUCGAAGCGGAUAUGUGCUUGCAAUUGAUGAGACAAGCUCACUCGCAUUAAUCGAUCUUAAUGCAAAUCGAUUAGUUCAGUCAAGUGUGUUAUUUAGCAGCAUACCACUUUCUGAAACGUGUUCUCCAACAUUUUACGAUUUUUCAUCAGAUUCCAUUUACCAAAUUAAUAUGGUGACAUCAACGGAGCAAGCCUCUUCUCUUUAUUACUUGUCCAAAGUUUCAUUGAGAGAAUUGUCAGCAAGUGAUCCAUUGACCAAGACUGUGUUCUCUUCCAAUUCCCUGAUUCCAAGUAAGAAUGGAACAUUUGUUGGUAUCUACUAUUCAGCUCUGUUUGAUUGUAUGUAUAUUUUAGAAAAAGACAUUAAUACCAAUAUAAUGUCGUGGAAACGAGCGAAUAUCGAUGGUAACUCACUCACUCCCUUUCUCAACAAUUCCAUUCUAAACAGAAUGAAAUUUUUUCCUAAUAAUUGCAUCUUGAAACAAUUACCUAGGUACUCUUCAGAGGAAUUGGCGUUUCGGAUAAACAGAACUACUGACGAGUUUGCAUGUAUUGGUGUGUCAAAAACUGAAGUGGCCACUACUCGCCUUGUAGUGUUUACAGUUCAUCGAAAUUCCAGCUCUACAAUUUUGGUUAAUGUUGAACUUCCGUUCAAUGGUUCAAACAUAGACCAGGAGCACAAUGGGUUGUUUCUUUUCCCUGGGGAAGAAGGAGAAUAUAGAAUAGCUUUUUCCCCUGCUUCCAACUUGGGUGUCGUACAAUUUGCGAGUGUGAACAUUUCAACACAGACAGUAACGUUGUUAAACAGCUCGCUCUCAGACUUCACCAUUUCAGGCAAAUAUGAUUUACAAGAGGAUUCUCUGUUUUUUGAUCAGACAAGAAAGAAAAUUUUAGCGGUUCCUCGAUACUAUUCUCUCUCUGCAUUUGUUGACGACAGGCCUCCAUACAUCACGCAUUCUGUACAGGGCACACCAUGUCGAGUGUUUUUACGAAGAUUCACUCCCUCAAUCACAAAAAUCGAAUCUCAAUAUCCGAAUAUUUUGGAUGGUGGAAUUGCGACAAGGGUGCAAGGAAAGGAUCUUUUUAUUGCUGACUGGUCUCGAAUUUCAUACUCUUAUCUCAAUCUGUAUCAAGGUUCUUCAAAGCUCACCUUGUGUGACGACUCUAUGAAUGCAAAUUUUGGAGAGGAGGCAUGUUUUGAGUCUCCAGUUCUUAACAAAAAUGGUAAUUCAGACUUGGUUGGAGUGAAGGUUGAACAUUUGGUGGGAAGUGGCCUGAUAUAUUCAAAUGUCACCACCACGGUCAAAUAUAAUGGUGUAUUGGGUUUAAAUCCAACAAGAGCACCAAAUGGAGAAGCUCUCACAAUUGAGGGUGUUUAUUUCGAUGCGCUUAAUCACAAAUUGAAGUGUCAAUUUAUACUGUUGUCUACUGGUGAACAAAUUACAGUUGUUGGAACCUUUUUGAGUCAUCGCUACAUGUCCUGCGUUGUACCAGCGCUAAAAGCAAUUCAAGACGAAAAGAUUAUGGUUAGAGUCUCUCUCAAUGAUGGGGUGAGCUUUCUAAAAACAUCUCUAGCAUUGACCUAUCGUGUAGUUAAUUUAAGGAACAAGAACUUGGUGGCUUUUGAAACAAUGAAUGAUGUGUUGGAUGUCAUGAAAACCGGGAAUGCGACUCUUCCAAACAGUUUAGGGCAACCGAACAUGACAUUAAUUAGUGAUGGCAUUGACACUGUUCUUUCAAUUGCUAGCACUUUCACUACCGAAUCCCAGAAAGCACGAUAUUCUCUUGAGACUGCAAAUACUUCACUCAUUACCGAUUUGCAAGCGAUUGCUCAAUUCAAGAUUACUACCGCAUCGACUGGAAAUGUGCUAGAAUUGUGGCUGAUCAAUGCUAUAGAUGCCAAGUACUACAUUCAAAGCCAACUUUCAGUAUCCAACGGCACCAUACCCAAAAUACAAUUGUUCUACAGCUUACCAGGAGAUAUAUCAAACGAAGGGCUCCAAUCUGAAUUAGCUGCCAACAAAUUAGCUUGCAACAUUUCAUCGUCUCAAUACUACAAAAUGAUUCUUGAGUUGAGAAAUCCCUCUGAUUUAACGAAUCCUGUGUGGCAUGCUUCUCUCAAAAUAACUGACAUUUCUCCAAACGAAACGGUCAUUUGCUUGGUGGAACGUGUUACCAAAAUGACCUUGAAUGAUUUCGGUUCAAUUCAACAACUUCCAUUUAGUGUUGGCAUUUCUCAAAGCCCCAUUUCAAAUCUGUUCCCCAGUACAAGAUCUCUUCAUGAAUUGAUGAUGACAACAAGCACUGUGAACCAAAAUGUCAUCAUUCUCCUCAAAUCUUUUGGUGUCAGAUGUCAAACAGAGGAUUGUAGUUUUCAAGCUCCAAAUAAUCUUGUCACUGUUAUUUUGGCUUCCGUUCUUCCAUCUGCAUUUGUCGUGAUUGCCAUGCUUUUGGUGGUCACUGUUGCAUUAUUAUUGGUCAUUUUCAAGCCUUGGAGAAAGCUCGAUACGGUCCAGAAGCGUGAAUUAGAAAUACGACGCAACCUUGAUCGAAUGAUGCAUCUUCAAAAGUCCAUGAGUAGCGGUGCUGCCAUGAAACCUGUUCGUUGCGGAACGUACACCACUACACAAAAGCCUGCCAAUAAGGUUUAA